AAUCAAUCCACACUACUUACAAGCGUUGGCAACUACUUUACAUGCUGGAAAACGUCCACUCCCUCAACGUCCACAUCUACCAGCCCACAUAGAACAUUAUGAGCGACUCUACCAUUCACGCACUCGCUGGGGCAGCCGGCGGAAUCGUCGCCAUGUCGGUGACGUACCCCUUGAUCGUCCUCUCCACCCGCGCGGCUGUAGAGACCAAGUCUGAGUCCAAGUCUACUUCGCAAGCCGUCCUUGACAUCGUUAAGCGCGAGGGUGUUCGCGGACUCUAUGGUGGUCUCAAUUCGAGCUUGCUGGGCAUUGCAGUGACCAAUGGAGUGUACUACUACUUCUACGAACGUUCGCGGGGCACCAUCCUGAAAUCACGCGAGGGCUCCAAAGCCCUCAGCACGCUCGAGUCCAUACUCGCCGGCUUCAUCGCCGGCUCGGCCACGACCGUCAUCAGCAACCCCAUCUGGGUCGUGCAGACAUCGCAGGCCGUCCGCGUCGAGGUCCCCUCCUCGGACCCGACGCAGGCCCGCCAGGUCGAGAAGAAGCUCGGCUUCUUCGAGACCAUACAGAAGAUCCUCGAGAAGGACGGCGUCGGCGCUUUCUGGCGCGGCAUCGGCCCUGCGCUGGUGCUUGUGAUCAACCCUGUGCUCCAGUAUACGGUGUUCGAGCAGUUGAAGAACACGCUGAUUAGGAGGCGCACUGUGAGCCUGCGCGCAGCGGGUGCAGGGUCCAAGGUUGCGGUCUUGUCUGACUGGGAUUUCUUCCUGCUUGGAGCUCUGUCAAAACUCGUGGCUACUGGAUCCACAUACCCUUAUGUUGUUAUGAAGAGCAGGAUGCAGGCAGGCCACGCCGAGUCUCUCAAGUACAAAUCCUCAUUACACGGUUUGGCGAUUAUUCUCAAGGAGGAAGGGUUCCAGGGCUUGUACAGAGGUGUUGGAAGCAAGCUCACUCAGAGCGUUCUCACAGCCGCCAUUCUCUUUGCAGGCCAGAGAAGGUUCUACGAAAUCACAAAACGGGUCAUAAGCCAAAUGGCGACAAAGAAAGUAGCUGCAUAG